AUGGAAGCAAAACAGAUUGUUUUCUUCUUCCUUCUCUUCACCGUUAUCAUCACCGUCUCAUUUUCAUCAGAGCCGCUCCAAUACCAAGCCUUCAUCCCCACCUCACUCCCCAAAGUAGCCCAAGAUUUUGAAACCCUCUCCUGGGACAUGCCUCAACAAUUCUCUGAUUCCGAAUCCGAAACCCCACUAAUCGUGCUCCGCCUGCACCACGUUGACCACCUCUCCCCAUCCUCCAACUCCACCCCUGAGUCCCUCUUCUUGAAUCGCCUCCAACGCGAUGCCGUCCGGGCCAGAACCAUCGCCUCCCAAAAAACCCCAAACUUUAGCAGCUCCAUAAGCUCCGGCUCCUCAGUAGGUAGCGGCGAGUACAUCACCCUCAUCGGGAUCGGCACCCCGGCCAACCGCUUCUACCUGACCAUCGACACUGGCAGCGACGUCACCUGGCUUCAGUGCCAGCCCUGCCAUAGAUGCUACCGCCAGCACGACCCCAUCUUCGACCCCAAAACAUCCACCUCCUUUGCAAGUGUCUACUGCAACUCUCCCCUCUGCAACCUCAUUGGCCCACUGGGAUGCACAAACCAGCGUGACAAGUGCCAGUACAGGGUCAUAUACGGAGACCAAUCCACCACCUUGGGUGAGUUAUCCACCGAGACGCUGACCUUCGGAGCCACCAAAUUGCCGCAUCUCCCCAUCGGCUGCGGCCAUGACAACGAGGGCUUGUUUGCCGGGGCCGCCGGUCUGCUUGGCCUCGGCCAGGGGACACUGUCCUUCCCGGCCCAGGCCCGCAUAAACAAGUUCUCCUACUGCCUCGUGGAAUGGGGGUCCAAGUCGCGGUCGUAUUUGAUGUUUGGCGACUCGGCGGUCUCCACGAAAGCGUUUUUCACGCCGCUGCUGAACAAUCCCAAGAUGAACACCUUUUACUACGUCGAGUUGAUGGGGUUCUCGGUUGGCGGGAACCCAGUGAGGGGAAUCAAUCCGUCCCUCUUCAAGUUAAGCAGCUCGGGCUCCGGGGGCGUGAUUGUGGACUCUGGCACGUCCGUGACCAGGCUGGUCCAGCCUGCCUAUAACGCGCUGAGGAAAGCAUUCAAUGACAGUGCUUCUUCUUACCUGAAGCCGGCCAAGGGAUUCCAAAUCCUUGACACAUGUUUCGAUUUACGCGGGCUGAACGAUGUGAACGUGCCAGCAGUGGAGCUGCACUUCCAAGGCGCAGGCGCUGACCUGUCCCUGCCGGCGUCGAAUAUCCUGAUUCCAGUGGACAACAAAGGCACGUUCUGCUUUGCGUUUGCGGGCAAGACCUCGCCGGACAGGCUGUCCAUAAUUGGUAAUUUUCAGCAACAGGGCUUCCGAGUCAGUUUCGACCUGGACAAAAAGAGAAUCGGCUUCGCACCCGAAAGCUGUUGA